UUCAGUUCUACCUGGUUGGGAUUCAGAAAUCAACUUUUGGGCUCCUAAUGUACAUAAAAUUGUCUAUGCUGGACCACCUGAGGAGCGACGUCGGUUAUUUAAGGACAGGAUUAUUCACCAGAAAUUCAAUGUCCUCCUGACAACAUAUGAAUAUCUAAUGAACAAGCAUGACAGACCAAAGCUUAGCAAAAUACACUGGCAUUAUAUAAUAAUUGAUGAGGGCCAUCGCAUAAAAAAUGCUUCUUGCAAGUUGAAUGCUGACUUAAAACACUAUCAGAUCUCUCAUAGAUUGUUGUUAACUGGAACUCCAUUGCAGGUUCUCAUAUAUAUAUAUAUAUGGCGGAGCCAGAAAAAUCUUGAGGAACUAUGGGCACUACUUAACUUCUUGUUACAUAACAUAUUUAAUUCAUCUAAGGAUUUUUUCCAGUGGUUUAAUAAGCCAUUUGAGAGUGCUGGAGAUAACUCGCCAGAUGAAGCCUUACUAUCUGAGGAGGAGAACCUCUUGAUCAUCAAUCGUUUGCACCAAGUUCUGAGACCAUUCGUACUUCGGAGGCUUAAACACAAGUUGCUUCUAUGAAAUAAAAUUAUGAAGAUUUAACUACAAAGUUGGCUAUUGAGAAAGGGCAAUCUCAAGGUCGGGAUGCAUCCUAUCUGAAGUUUUUGAGUGACAGUAUCAUCCCAAUUUUGGUGGAUGCUUUACAUAAGGAACUGAACUAGCUGAAAGAAUGUGUUAUGGGAAUAUUUAUGAACUUGGUCACAUUCUUGGUUGGAAUUUUGAAUCUUCCAUAAGCUAAAUCUACUACAAUAUUAACACAUUUUGUUGAUGUAUAGUUGUUAUUUAUUAUUAUAGUUGAUGUAUCAAUACACUUUGUUUAUUUUUUGAAUUAUAUUGGCU